CCGCCAGGCCCACGAGGUCCGCCUGGCCCUUGCGGUCCACCAGGCCCGGCUGGACCAACUGGACCUGCAGGUCCAGAUGGUCUACCUGGUCCAGAUGGCCCACCAGGUCCUCCAGGUCCUCCAGGUCCAAUGGGAGAAGAUGGAGGAAUUUGCGCAACAUAUUGCGGUCUUGAUGGAAGUGUUACUUACGAAGAUGGUACAAGUCAUGGUCCUGUAGCAACUGGCGCGAGCAGCUCAAGUUCAACGACAACAAUAACACGAACAGAAGUUAUGCAAAGUGGAAACCAGAGAGCAGUUGGUAUUGGUGGUGGUGGUGGAGCUGUUGCUACUGAAACAGUUGCAAACGGAUAUGGCGGGUCAGAAAGCAGCUCUAGGGUGGUAACGACUGGUGGUGAGAGAUCAGGAAGUUAUUCGUCUUCAGGCUCCUAUAGUAGUGGUGUGUCACAAGGUGGCGAUGAUGGUUUCGUUGUGAAAUCCACUAAAGUAGUAUACGGAUCUUCUGGACAAGGCGGAUCUAGCUUCUCCAUUCACACCGUGCCUGGUUCAUCACAGGGUAAUUAG